AUGGCGAUGAAACGCAGCCCGGCUGUGGAACAAAUCGUGGAGUAUGAGGCACAACUCCUAGACGAGAACAAUACGUGGCCUGUAGUGCAAGCAGAGAACGUGCGCCAACUGUCGAAGCUGACGAUGGACGCCGAACAAGCUUUUGAGAAGAUCUUUGCCCGGUACAGCUCCAAUGGUGUCAUUGAGCGCCUCGCCCUCAGGCAACCGAAAGCAACCUUGCAUGUUGAGCGCCUAGGUGGGGGACUCCGCGGCCUGCUGUCCUGCGCCACCAACGAGUACAUUCCAGAGGAGUGCUCCAUGCAUCGCGAGCCAUAA